AUGUCGUACCACGGUGGGCAGCACCCUCCGCCACCCAUGGCGCACCCUCCGCAUCACCAGAGCCACAACCAGCAGGCUCCCACAGGCUCGUCAAGACGUCUGUCUGCUCAGACCCCCAUGGCCCGCAACUCGACUGCCAUGAACUCCAUUGAGUCCAGCGUCACCCAUCUGCUGGUAGCAACCAAACAGCUGCUUGAGAGCCUCACGCAAUGGGCCCGCGGAGCAGCCUCUGAACAGGACGUGUCCGACAUCUACGUCAAUCUGGGCAACGAGUUCAACAUUGCCUGUCGAGCGUUUCUCAACGCCGGCUUGCCCGUCACUGACAUGGGCGAUGUGCCCCAGGCGCUGCGGACGGUGCUAGAAAAGGCGCUAAGCGAAGAAGCAUCGCAGGAAAACCUCGAUCUGUACCUGCCCAGCAUUCGGGAAAUCAUCAUCAACCUGCUUCAGGGUCUGAAGAAGAAACAGGCUGCACUUAGAGCAGCUCAAGGAGCACAGGCGCAACAGAUCCCACCUCAACAAUCACCCAAAAAUUUCCGACCACACCCGCCCCAGCAUCAAUACGGACCCUCCAGACAGGUCUCAGCACCCACCUCUCUGCCACAGCACAAGGAUGAUAGAGACCAUGUGCGACGGUCUCAAACUAUAGGCUCAGCACCUAAGCAGCCAGGAUUACCCAGUCCACCGGUGGCCCGACAACCGCCGCAGCCACCGCAUAUGGCCCCACCAGCUCACAUGCCUCCUGGCAUACCUGGAGCUAUGGCUCAAGCCAUGGCCCCUGCCAUUCCCCAGGGCUCUCCGACCAGACGCCCGGGAUCACGUGGAGACCCUCUGGCAGCUUUACAACGAGGAGAGGCGCUCGAAAGACGAGCAUCCAGACGAUUCUCGGCUUACCAAUACGCCAAACUUACCUCUGGAGCACCUGGAAAGGCCGUUCCAGACAUGCCCAUGUUGCCAUCGACUCCUCUUCCCGACGAGAGUGAUUUAGGCGAUGUGUCUACGGCUACAGAUGUUGGAGGACCUGGAAUGUCUUUGUUUCUUAGACUUGGAAAUGCUACCAAAAAGGUCAAGGCUGACUCGGAUGUCAACAUCAACGCUCUGAGACUCCUAUUCAUCUCCACAUUCAACUACUCUCCUGGAGCAGACGAUUUCCCCAACAUUUACAUUCGUGACAAAAAAUCUGGAGUGGAGUAUGAGCUGGAAGAGUCGCAUCUGAGCGAUAUCCACGACGGAACUAUGCUGGUGCUACAUGAAGAGGAAGAGAAGGAGAAGGAGAAGGAAAAAGAGAAGGAAAAAAGCGACGACAUCCAGGGCAUCUUGGAACAUGUCAAGGCCAUUACUUUUGCUCUGAACCAGCAGAGGGAAGAAAUUGGAGACUUGAAGCUUAUGGUGGAGAAGAAACCUCCCUCGGCAGCAGUCGGUGCCGGUACACAAGGUCCCUCUAUCGUUAAAGCAACGGAGCCCAUUGUCAAGACUCCCGUCAUUGCUCCUCCAGAAGUGUCACAGGCCAAACUGUCCACUAUUGCGCCUGCUCCUGUUCCCACUCCUAUUGCCGACAAAGAUCUUCUCAAGGCCAAGGCUGCCGAUAUGCAUGCAUUGAAGCACGAGCUGGCUGUUAUUCGACAGCUCAAGGACUCAUCCUUCACUCUCUGGAAGACUUCAAUGAAGGACAUUUCCGACACCAUUGGCAAGCUUCGAGACUACUCUUCUCUUCCCGCCGCUGGAGACAACUCUCGAGCCUUCAUGGAAAUGGCCAACAAGAAGGUCUCUACUGACUCAGAUGCUCUUCUCACUCGAGCAGACGAUCUCCAGGACGUUAUUGAGGCUCUUAGAAAGGAUGUCGCUCAGCGAGGCGUUCGGGCUGAGCCCGGUCAGCUUGAAGUUGUCACCAAAGAGAUGGAGACUUGUAACACCGAGCUCACCGCUCUGGAGACUUACAUCAACUCGCAAAAGUCCGUGUGGAAGAAGGUCUGGGAACGAGAACUGGAGACCAUCUGCGAAGAGCAGCAGUUCUUCAAACUUCAGGAGGAGCUCAUGGCCGAUCUGCGAGAGGAUUUGGCUUCUGCUGCAUCUACUCUGGCUCUUGUUGAACAGUGUUCCAACGAGCAGCUUAAAAGUGCCGCCAAGAACAGUCACAAGGCCGUACUUCUCCCUGUUCCUACUGAGUCCGUUCAGGAUCUCAAGGAGGGAGUUCUUUCGUCUGUCCUUGCUCUGAAACCCGACCAUGAGUCUCGAAUCGAGGCUAUUGAACGGUCUGAGCGGUUACGAAAGUUUGAACUUGAGUCUAGAGUCGACAAGUUUGAAAAGGAGCUGGGCGAGUUUGUGGGAGAGAACAAGCUCAAGCCCAGUGGAGGAGUUGCUGAGGCUGAGAAGCAGCGUCUUGAACGAGAACAGAGAGUGUGGAGAGAGCAGUUUGGCUACGGAGGAGAUGAGGAUGAUAUUGAUGACUUAGAUGGAGAGCUCCAGACUGCCAGUGAAGAGGAGACCGACGAGGAAGAGAGUGAAGCAGAGACCGACGAAGACGAGGAAGAGGAGGAGGGAAAUUAG